AUGGCCAGUGAAAUAAUGCCAUGGCUGUUUUCCACUGUUAGUGAAAUAAUGCUGUGGCUGUUUUCCACUGUUAGUGAAAUAAUGUCAUGGCUGUUUUCCACUGUUAGUGAAAUAAUGCUGUGUAGAAGGGAUAUGGCACAUGACAUUGUGAAAAGAGUUUUAGACCAGAGGUCGGAUAUUCCUGAUUAUCUUUUGAAAUACCGCUGUAAUGUUUGCGGGAAAAUGUCAUCUUCCACCUCAGCUUUGAAGAUUCACAUGAGAACUCAUACUGGAGAGAAACCUUUCAAAUCUGGGUACCAGUUGGAAACGGCUCCAUGCCCUUCAGCAAAGACAACAACAACCAUUGCUCCGGAAUCGUCAGGUACUCGUGGACAUCCUGUCGACACGGUAACGACACCAAUAGUGAUGUAUCAGUUCUGUCACAUCUGCCAUAAAAUGGUACAGUCAGAGUACGCUCUCAAAACACACAUGCGAAUACAUACUGGAGAGAAGCCUUACAAGUGUCAUUUAUGUGACAGGGCAUGGGCCCAGAAAAACAAUCUCAAAAGACAUCUAAGAACAGUUCAUAAUGUAUUGAUUUGGAUGUGCACUUCAGUUAAAGCAGAAGAUGUUGAACUUUGCCCCAACAACUCUUCAACCUUUGAUCCUAGACAGACCUAUAAGAAGUCUAUAUUUAAGGACCGACCAGUACAAGUUAUCCAACCAGCAGACUUACCAGCAUUGGUGCGCAUUAUUUGUCCAACCUGCGGAAAGAUACUUCAGUCUGGUUCGGCGUUGAGGAUACACAUGAGAAUUCAUACAGGGGAGAAACCGCACAAGUGUAAAUUCUGUGGCAGGGCUUGGGCCCAGAAAGGUUCAGGGUACCAAACAGACUCGGUUGCUUUGUUUGAUGGAAUGUUGUACUCAACAAAUGAUGGUCAUCCUACCGCUAGCACCCGACAACAACAACUUGGAAAGAACGCUUUUGCCUCAUCUGAACAGCUCCAAGGAUUUUUAAUGGGCACCAUGGAUGUAAGUCUAUCUGGGAGUCUGCUAGGACAAUCUAGGAAAGACUCGAAGAAAGGAACAUGUCCAGAAUGUGGGAAAUACUUCAGAAAUAACUGGGAGGUCACAAGACACAUGAAAGUUCAUACUGGAGAGAAACCGUACAAGUCUUUCCAACCUUAUCCAGCAGUAGUUGGAACGUCCCAACCCCAGUAUGGAAUGUCCCACCAUGGAAUCAGGAAUGUGAAAUUGAAAUGUGAUAAAUACGUGUGUGAUUUCUGUUCAAAGACUUUCCCUGACAACUGGAAGUUGCAAGGCCAUCGACGGAAACACACAGCUUACCGGCCAUAUCAGCCAGUUGUUGGAAUGAGUGAGCCUCAAUAUGGAAUCAGGAGUGUGAAAUUAAAGUGUGAUAAUUACGUGUGUGAUUUCUGUUCAAAGAUUUGCUCUGACAAGUGGAAGUUGCAAGAUCAUCGAAGGAAACACACAAACGAGCGACCGUUUGUCUUUAUUGAAGUUAUUCAAGAUAGAGCCAUGUUAGGUUCAAGCAAGAAAAGCCUAGGAAGAAUAAAGAUGUCCAAGUGCGAGUUUUGUGGGAAAGUCUUUACUCACACAGGCCAUCUGAACGAACACAGACGUAUUCAUACUGGAGAACGCCCUCACGUGUGCAGUGUUGAAGAAACUAAAGUUUUUCUGGACAGAGACAUUGAAGAUACGGACCAGCUUCAACAUGAUCCAGGUUUUCAACAGUCAAGAAGAAUGGACUGCGAGUUCUGUGGAAGGGUUUUCAAGCAAACAGGCCAUCUGAAUGAACAUAGGCGUAUACAUACUGGAGAACGUCCUCAUACCUGCAAAAUCUAUUUUAUAAGUAUUUUCUCACAUUUUUUUCUCUCGUUUUAUCUUUCACUUGUUUCACAGGAUGUUCCACAAGAUACGUCGUCUCAUUUCCAGACAUUCAGCUUGGUAAAUCAAAGAAAAGAAGAUGUACAAAAGAAAAAGUACCGUUGUGACUUUUGUACGAAAGGUUUCAACUGCUCAUCACACCUGGUAGAACACCGAAGGGUUCAUACAGGGGAGCGCCCUUAUAUAUGUAUAUACUGCAACAAAGGGUUUACGAAGAAUUGGAACUUGAGAGUUCAUAUAAAGAAUCACCAUGGAGAUAUAGUAACAGUUAUCAGACGAAACGAAGCUGUACAAGGUUCUCCAUCUCAUAACCAGACAUUGAUUUCGGCGGAGCAUGGCAAAGAAAGUGUACUAAAUAAAAAACACCUUUGUGAAUUUUGUAAGAAAAGAUUCAAAUACCUCUCGCACCUUGUGGAACAUCAAAUGGUUCAUACCGGGGAGCGCCCUUAUAAAUGUAGAUAUUGCAAUAAAGGAUUCACCAAGAACUGGAACUUGAAACAACAUUUACGUAUUCAUCAUAGUGACAUGAUAUAACGAUUAAUUAAACACUGAAGAACGUUGUAAUCAGUUAAAAUCAUUCACUAAGAACAUGAUGAUUUGCGACUGAAUUCAAAUUCAAAUUCAAAUAUUUUCAUAGUGGUAUAAUAUACGAUUAGAUUAAAUACAGAAGUUCUUAGCUCGACAAACUGACAUAUAUGUAGUCCAUAGAGCUAGUGUGCUCACGCAUUCGUCGGCGUCAGCAUCCCGAUUUGUUAAAUAUUUUAAGCUGUUAAUUCGGUAACCAAAAGUGAAAAUAAAAUUAAA